AUGAGCUCCAAGGUCAAGCGGGUGCUGCCCACCCGCCCUGAGCCCCCCAGCGUGGAGCAGAUCCUGGCUGAUGUGCAGAGCACCCACCCCGGGGACCCCAUCUUCAUCCUCCCCACUGAGCCCAGUCAAGACCACGGCCCCUCCUCAGGCUCCCCCUCCAGCCCUGCUGAGGAGGAGAGGGAGAGGCUGUACCAGCUGAGCCGUUCCUACGUGGGGAUGAAUCAGCAGCUGCAGGAGGCCCGGGAGCGGCUGCGGGAGCAGCGGGAGGAGCUGCUGCGGGCACGGGCGGCGCUGGAACACGACAUCGCCCACAUGAGGCAGAAAGCCUGCUGA